GACGUUUUCCCAGUCGCCGUGAAACAGAUUGGGGAGAAUGGCUGCCAGUGGAGACGUAGGAAAGCUGUUACAAGUACAGAAUGGAACUCCAGCAAGCACAAGCUACAACGGGGUAGAUGCCCUGCAUGCCUGUAACAUCCUCCAGCAGCUUAAAGCCUUGUACGACGAAGCUCAGCUGACUGACAUUGUCGUGGAAGUGGACCAUGGGAAGACAUUCUCUUGUCACAGAAAUGUUCUUGCUGCCAUCAGUCCUUAUUUCAGAUCCAUGUUCACAAGUGGCCUUACAGAGAGCAGUCAGCGGGAGGUGCGGAUCGUUGGCGUGGAGUCAGAGUCCAUGCAUUUGGUUCUGGACUAUGCUUACACCUCACGGGUCACUCUCACAGAGUCGAACGUGCAGGCCCUGUUCACGGCUGCCAGCAUCUUCCAGAUCCCAGCCCUCCAAGACCAAUGUGCCCAGUUUAUGAUCAGCCGUUUGGACCCUCAGAACUGCAUCGGGGUCUUCAUGUUCGCAGAUGCCUACGGUCACCAGGAGUUGCGAGAGCGUUCACAGGAUUACAUCCGCAAGAAGUUUCUAUGCGUAAUGGGCGAGCAAGAGUUCCUUCAUCUGACCAAAGAUCAGCUGGUCAGCAUUCUUAACAGCGACGAUCUGAACGUGGAGAAAGAGGAGCAUGUGUAUGAAAGCAUUGUGCACUGGUUGGAGUAUGAUUGCUCGCGUCGGGAAGCCGAUCUACCGGAGGUUUUUGCCAAAUGUAUCCGCUUGCCGCUGUUGGAAGAGGCCUUUCUGAGUCGUAUACCUCCAGCCUUCGCUCUGGCCUUGUCUAGGGAUUCCUCGGAUAAGAGUCAGCUCAAUGGCACCAAUGGUUGCUCUCAAAGGCUUGGUAUGACUGCAUCUGAGAUGAUCAUCUGCUUCGAUGCUGCUCACAAGCAUUCAGGGAAGAAGCAGACCGUGCCUUGCCUGGACAUUGCCGCCGGGAAGGUGUACAAGCUGUGCAAGCCGCCCAAUGACCUCCGAGAGGUUGGCAUUUUGGUCUCGUCAGAGAACGACAUCUUCAUUGCUGGAGGCUAUCGGCCGAGCAAUAGCGAGGUGUGCAUUGACCACCGUGCAGAAAGCGACUUUUGGCAGUACGAACACGCUGGUAAUAGAUGGCUUCCAAGGUCGCCAAUGCUACGGGCACGCAUCGGCUGCCGACUAGUGCACUGCUGUGGGAAACUUUACGCUCUGGGCGGUCGAGUGUAUGAGGGAGAUGGACGUAAUGCGUUGAAGUCCGUGGAGUGCUAUGAUGCCAGAGACAACUGCUGGACAGCGGUCAGCCCCAUGCCGGUGGCCAUGGAGUUUCACAGCACAAUAGAGUAUAAGGACCGCAUCUAUGUGCUGCAAGGAGAGUACUUUUUCUGUUUCGACCCUCGCAAAGACUAUUGGGGCCAUUUACCAUCCAUGAACGUUCCCCGAACUCAAGGUUUGGCCGCCCUGCACAAAAACUGCAUCUACUACAUAGCAGGCAUUUGCAGGAACCACCAGCGUACGUUCACUGUUGAGGUGUAUGACAUCGAGCAGAAUACAUGGUGCCGUAAAAGAGACCUUCCCUUUGACCAAGCAACCAGUCCCUACAUAAAGGUGCUUCUGCUUCAGGGCAGGUUGCAUCUCUUCGUUCGCGCUACGCAGGUCAUGGUAGAAGAACACGUGUUUCGCACCAGCCGCAAGAACUCGCUCUACCAGUACGAUGACGAAGCCGACCAUUGGACAAAGGUCUAUGAGACGCCGGACCGCCUCUGGGACCUCGGCCGCCAUUUCGAGUGCGUGGUGGCCAAAUUAUACCCUCAGUGUCUUCAGAAAGUGCUAUGAGCGGCGAGGAGGGGAAGAUCACGACAUGCUGUUUGAGACAGCAGAUCAAUAUUUUUGGAGGAUGGGAUGGUGGUACUGCUCAAUACAUGGUGCUGUCUGUGUCCCCAAUAGCAGAACUGCAGUGGAAGUCUUAAAGCGUUAAAGGUUCCAAUCAAUAAACUCGAGGGUGCUGUUCGAAAAAGUAAAAAGGCAGUAUUUUACGUUUGACAAUUGUGCGCAAAGCACCCACACAAUCGCUUGUUUUACAGUUUCAAAAGUGAAUCAUAAGUGCAAUUAUCUUUGGGGGUUUUCUCUCUUUUUGGCAGAUGUUGAGUCAUUUUUUGCUCCAUUCUAUCUAAAGUUUCUGUUGCUGUUUUGGCUUGGCUGAACGUGAGCAGUAGAUGUCCUUAAGGACAAGCAGUAUGUCAACAGACGAGUACAAUUUAAGUAAAAUAGGUGAAAAACAUAAAUAUAUAAAGCUAUAAAUAUUCAUACGGGUAUGAUGAGCGAGUUUGCUCACUGUUAGUGUGAAUACUGAGUUUUUUAAUUGUCGUUUCUUUCAGGUUUGCAGAUGCGUAGGUUGAUCAAUGCCACCUACUAAGAGACUUUCUGGAGUUUGCUUAAGAAUUUAGUUAAAAGAUUUUCGAUUAUUAAUGGAAAUAACUCGUUUGCCAACAUGUACACGUAGGUGGCUGUUGUUUAUUUUUAAAAUACUCUUCUCAUUUACUUUGUCAGCCCGUGUGCUACAAACAUCACAGCAGUUUUGAAUUUUUUGUUUGGUUUUAUGAUGUGCCCAGUUUCCAUGUUGAAAUCUAUAUCUUUGCAAUUUCGCAACACCAGCCAGAUCUUUAGUGAGGUUACAAGUUUAUACUCAGUCUCCAUAUUGGAGAAGAAGAGAUAAAAAAAAUACGGAUACCAGCUUAAUUUGUAGCUGAAAUCAAAAGCGGGCAAUUUGUCGACGGCCAAAACAACAGAACAGCUCAGAUCAGGAGAGAGAACAUGGAGCAAGUUAAAGAGGGGACGGCCAAAAUGUGGAUGCUCACAUUCCACUGGCAUUUAUUGACUCCUCAUAUCUGAGACAUACUGGCGCAGUUUGAAUAUAAAUGCCUCCAAAAUGCCAAAAUGUGUUUAAGGAAGGCCUAGCCUGCACGUCAUGGCAGCAAUAACAGGUGUUCUGUCAUGGUUCCGUAGAUAAAGUGCAUUAGAAAACUCAAGCGAUGAGGUUUUUCAACAAUAAUUCCAGAAAUAAAAAGUAAAAAAUGGCCUUCGUUUUGCCACCAAGGGCAGAGAUGGUUAAUGUUCAGUCAGAUGUGUUGCUAUCCAGGGAUGUAAUGGUGCCUGUUCACUUCAAAAGCACAGGCAUCAGUGAUAGAGCGAGCCGAGCCUGUUUAAAGUCUUACAAUACAGUUUGCACUAAGGUGCUUUGACUUUAGAAAAGGUGUGUUUUGCUACUGAAUCUAGUUCUAUAAAAGCACUCACACAUGCCCUCUUUAUUAAAGCUUGUUUGGUCACUGAACUUUAAAGAAAAAAAAAGCUAAUUGCUAUUUUUUUUAAUCAAAGGUAAGCUUAAAGGCGUAGUUCACCCCAAAAUGAAAAAUCUGUAAUUUUUUUCACUCUUAAUUAAAACACAAAAGAAGAUAUUUUGAAAAAUGCUGGUAGAUGGCACUCAUUGACUUCCAUAAUGGUUUUCUCUAUUAUGUAAAGCAGUGUUUCUCAAUCACAGUCCCGGAGGACCACCAGCUCUGCACGUUUACCAUGUCUCCUUAACCAAACACACUUAUUCAGAUCAUCAACUCAUUAGCAGAGACUGUAAGAACUGUAAUGGGUGUGACCGACAAAAGGGACAUCCAAAACCGUUCCUGGAGGCCCGCAGCUCUGCACAGUUUAGUUCCAACCCUGCUUCAACAUACUUAACUGGAGGUUUCAAACAGAACUGAAGGACUCAAUUAGUUGGAUCAGCUGUUUAAUUAGGGUUGGAACUAAACUGUGCAGAGCUGCGGCCCUCCAGGAACUGAGUUUGACACCUGUGCUUGACGUCAGUGUUUCUCAACCACGUUCCUGGAGGAUCACCAACAUAUGUGAUUUAAAGCAUAGAUCUUAAACUCAAAUUCUGGAGGGCCGCAGCUCUGCACAGUUUUGCGCCAAUCCUAAUCAAACACACCUGAUAGUGUCUAGUAGUCUUGAACACCUUGAUUAGUUGGAUCAGAUGUGAUUGAUUAGGGUUGGAGGCAAACUGUGCAGAGCGGCCGCCCUCCAGGAAUUGAGUUUGAGAGCUGUGAUCUAAAGCAAUGGGUGUCAGUGACCAGCAUUCUUUAAAAUAGCAUCUUUUUGUCCUAUAAAGGUCAUUUUUAUUUUGGGGUGAACCACCCUAUUAAAUCUCACAAUUCAGACUUUUUUCUUAAAUGUAUAAAGAUUUCAAAUUGAUUUCUUGAAAUCAAUAUUUUCUCUAAAUAUAACUUUGUGUAAUUUCCUUGUACAAACUUGGAAUUACACGUUUAAAUCUCUCAG